AUGGCUGCAUACAUCCGGAAACAUCCCCUGGAGAUUCCUUCACCAUCUGAAAAGUACUGGCUAAAGGAUGACGAGGAAGAUUUCUUCCUGCAGGACCCCGAUCGAAAGCGUGAUGAGUUGCCUCAGCCCUUCAGGAUGAUCAACAAACUGGUGAUGCUGAUUUUUGAGAAUGCUAUGGAAAUCAUUGAAAGAAGGGAGAUGCUCCAAGAAGCACAAAAACUAAAGGUCCAGCCCACAAAAUGCCUUCCUACAGCUGAAUUCCAGGUAACUGGAAGAUCCAAUUGCCUUGCAGUAUCUGGAAAAUAUGUCUUUGUUGGCCUGUCCUUGGGUCUGGCUGCCUUCAGGGUGUCUGACUAUAGCCAGGUCUGUGCUUGGGAUGCAGUCACGACUGAGAUUUGUGCCAUCCAUGCCUCAGAUCUGGGGAAUGAACACCAUGUCCUGCUUGCUGUGGAUGAAAUGGGGCUUGUCUGGUUGUUCUGGUUUCACAAGGAAAGCUUCCUACUCAUUAACAUCCUAAAUGAAGUGGAGGAUAUCAGCAAGCGAAGUACUUGUGUGGAGGUGGUGCUCUCCCCAGGAGGUGAUUAUGCAGGAUUCCUACUGCAAGAUAGCACAACAGCUUGGCUGGAUAUCUACCGAUUGCCUAAGGAUUCCUGGCUGAAGGAGAUGGAAAAGAACUCAGGAGCUGCAGCAGGGCUUGCUUGCAGGGAGAGAAGGUCAAGUUGGACAUCUGUGGAGUCUCCUGUGUCUGCAAACAAAACUGAUGUAAAGCUGAGUCUCCCAGUGCUGCUGCUGAAAGUGAGGCCACCCAAACCCAUUACAGGCAGUAAUUUUAAAAGCCCUUUGGAUGCCUUGAAGAAAGUGGAUGAUGACGGCGUGCUUGGCUUGGGGCACAAUCACCUCAUCAAGGACUCCCAGUGGGAGCAGCAGGAAGCAAUCUUCCGCAGCGCUUAUCGGGAGUAUCUGGAGGCUGAGGAUGAGAGAGGGAGCAAGGAGGAGAUCCCCAGACGUGCUACUUUUCAUUUUCUCCCGGCUAGUCAGAUCCUACAGGUGGGACCGGAAAUAAAAGUACAGCCAGAUGUUCCAGCUGGCAUCAGUGUGCACUGGGAUGGAAGCCACAAUCUCUGCUUUUACUUACUUAACCGUUCACUGAAGGACAAAAUGGAUUCUGAUCCAAAACCUGAAGUUGUGUGGCCAUGUGCAGCUCCAAUUGCAUGCUCAGCUGUCAGCUCCUGUUCCAGGUACCUGGCACUGGCGUGUAAAGAUGCAGCAAUAACAAUCUGGGAUAAACACCUAGGAUAUCCCCUGUCUGUGACUGCCAUUUUAGAGGAACGUCUCAUCCGUAGUAUCCACUUUCUGCAGAGUUCUGCAGUUACCAGUGAUAAGACACCUUGCCCGGGUACAGAUCCUGCCUAUCCCACUGUGCAGCUUCUAGUGCUGUGUACAGACAGCUCGCUCUAUUUGGUGGAAGCACCUGGGUCUGGGAAGUCCAGCAUCGAGCUCCUGGUAGACAGGCCUGAAGAUCCCAAUCUUGCUGUCAGUGCUGUGGCACCUGUCCUGGUAUUCCCCAGUACAGCCCUGGUCUUCUUCUGGGAUGGCACAGUGUCCCUGAUGAACAUUGCCACAUCACAGAUUUACCGCCUCAGUACUCCACCUUCUUAUGCUGUAGCAUCUCCCUGGCAGCCAGUGUUUGCAGUAGACAGUGUGAAUUGGUGCCUGCUGCUUCAAGGAGAUCAGCAGCAGGAGCCAGAUGCAUUGGCAGAGAGCAGAGCCAGUCACAGCACCAUCUUCAUUUUUUACUUCAACUCCUAUCCACUGGAGGAGGCUUUCCCAAAUUUGCCUCUCCAAUCCUCGCAGAACCUGCCAUGGAUUGAGAGAUGUAACAUUUUCUUACGUGAUAGGAGUUACCUUUUGCCUGACAGGCAGAAGAGCCUACUGGGACUCAGGGAGCAGUUGCCUGAGUACUGGAGUCAGCUGCAGGCACAAGCAGCCGCCAUGGACAAGAAGAGACGGAAGAAGCCAUAG